AUGGCCGCGCCCGUGCAGAUAUCCACGGAGUGGUGGAUGGCCAUGGCGGAGAAUGGCAUGCCGUACUUCCACAACACGACCACGAAGGAGACCUCAUGGAUUGCGCCUAUGAUCUCAGCAGAGGCGACAAUUGCGACGGCGACCACCAAUUAUGACCAAGCUACAAAGGAUGCCGAGAGCGCCAGCAUCAUGACAACUGCUGCACAGCACGCAGGCUUGUCGUCUGGCCUGGGCCAGUCGCACCAGCAACAGAGCGCGGCCAUGCAAAUGAUGAUGCAUGCAGCUCCCCCAACCUCUAAGAACGAGAUCACAGCCACCGGGAACGGCUACAUCCCUGCGCCGUGGGUGAGGUUCGAGGAUGUGAAGAUCGAUCCGGCCCUGCUCCAGCCAAUGCUGAAGGCUGGUUUUGCAACGCCUACAGCAAUCCAGUCAUAUUCUUGGGCCAUCGGUUGCGAGGGCCGCGACAUGAUCGGUGUCGCAAAAACGGGAUCGGGUAAGACGCUUGGUUUCUUGCUCCCCGCCUUUGCCAGAAUCCUGCGUGAACGAAUGUCCGGGGGAAUACUCAUGCUUGUGAUGGCACCCACACGCGAGUUGGCUGUCCAGAUCGACCAGGAUGCGAAGAAGUUCCUCGGCCAUGCUGGAGUGCAGACGGCACUGGCGUAUGGCGGAGCACCAAAGCGCGACCAACUUGCGGACAUCCGGCGUGGAGCGCAGCUUCUGACAGCAACUCCAGGCCGCUUGAACGAUUUCCUCGAGUCGAGGACUGUCUCAUUGGACAGGUGCGGCUACGUGUGCAUGGACGAGGCGGACAGGAUGUUGGACAUGGGCUUUGAGCCGCAAGUCCGCAAGAUCCUUGCCUGUUGUCCUCGGCAGCGCCAGACUUACAUGUUCACCGCAACUUGGCCAAAGGAGGUCAGGAACUUGGCCGCGGACUUCAUGCGUGACCCUGUAGAGAUUCGGGUGGGCGACGCCGACGCCUUGCAGGCGAACACCGCCAUCGACCAGAAGGUGCAGAUCUGCCGGGAUGCCCGGGAGAAAGAAGACAGUCUCAUUCGCUUGGUGCGCGGAUGCCCAGAUCAGGUCAUUGUCUUCGUCGCCACCAAGCGAAUGUGUGAGCAGCUUGCGAACUCGAUCCGCCGUGCCGGUGCGAGGGUCGAGUCCAUCCAUGGGGACCGCGACCAGCAGAGCCGCGACCGGGCUCUCGGGUCCUUCAAGGCCGGCGAGAGCAAAGUCCUCGUCGCCACCGACGUGGCAGGGCGCGGCCUUGACGUGAAGACUAUCCGCUUGGUCGUCAACUUCGACCCCGCGAACAACGCGGAGGACUACGUGCACCGCAUCGGCCGCACGGCACGCGCAGGCAUGACGGGCACCUCGGUCACCCUGCUGUUGCCGAACGAGGGCAAGAAGGCAGCGGACAUCGUGGCGGUGAUGAAGAAGUCGGGCAAGGAGGUGCCAGCGGAUCUGGAGGACAUGGCAUCCAGGGGCGGCGGCGGCAGCAAGGGCGGCCGCUACAGCAGCGGCGGCGGCGGCGGCAAGGGUGGCGGCGGCGGCGGUUACGGCGGCGGCGGCGGGGGCGACGGCGGCCGCCCUGGUGACUGGACGUGCCCGGGCUGCGGCGCCAACGUGUUCGCCUCGAAGGACGCUUGCUUCAAGUGUGGCGAGCGGAAGUCAGGCGGCGGCGGCGGCUACGGAGGUGGCGGCCGUGGCCGAAGCCGCAGUCGCAGCCGCGGCCGCGGUGGCGGUGGCGGCAACAGGAGGUGGUAG